AUGCAUGCUCUCCAGAACUUCAAGCAAGGAGUGAAUGACCCAUCUGGUGUCCUUUCUUCAUGGUCCACUGAAGUAGAUUGUUGUGAAUGGAAAGGAGUAAUGUGCAGUAACAUCACAAGUAGAGUCACUGGAAUCACUCUCACAUGUUCCACAACUCUUCUAAGUUAUAGGGAAGAAGAAGAUAAAUCACACUGCCUUACAGGUUCCAUUCACCUCUCUUUAUUGUUGAUGGAGUUGGAAUUUUUAGAUUACUUGGAUUUGACAAACAAUGACUUCUUAUCAUUACAAUUUGAUUAUCUACAUAAUCAUAAUUGUCACAAUCUAUCCAUAGCUACUUCUUCUCAUCAGUGUGUCAACUCUUCAACUCUUCGUCAUCUUGAUCUAUCACGUAACUGGAAUCUUGUCAUUAAUAAUCUUAGAUGGCUCCCCUACAUCUCCUCUGUAGAAUAUUUCAACCUCCGUCAUAUUGAUCUUAGCAUGGAAACUAAUUGGCUUCAAUCAGUGACUAUGCUUCCAUCACUUUCAUACCUCAAUAUGCGUUAUUGCGAACUUAAAGACUUGAAAUUGUCUCUUCACUAUGCUAAUUUUACCAAACUACAAUUUCUUAGUCUUUCUCUAAAUGAAUUUAACUCAGAGUUACCUAAGUGGUUAUUCAAUCUCAGCUCUGGUAUUUAUCAUUUAGACUUUAGCUCAAGUUCUUUAAUAGGACAUUUACCUAAGGAUUUGUUAAAUCUUAGAGAACUCGAAGACUUGGUCUUGGAAGACAAUAACUUUACUGGACCCAUUCCUGAUUGGUUAGGUGAAUUCAAACAUUUAAAAAAUCUUAUUAUUGGAGUAAACAUGUUUUCUGGAUUUAUUCCAACAAAUUUGGGAAAUCUAUCAUCCUUAGUUACCUUGGAUGUUGGCUCAAAUCCAUUGACAGGAGUUAUUCCACCUUUUCAACUUGAACAAUUAGGUCUUGGGUUUUCAAAUCCUAACCUUCCUGCGUGGUUGUACACACAACGAUCUAUUGAAAGAUUAGCUAUUUUGGAUUCAUCAUUUGAGGCUCCAGACAAAUUUUGGAAUUUACUAUCAACAAUGCUUGAAGUCAGAUUAUAUUGCAAUUUGAUAGACAGUAACAUGUCAAAUGUGUUGUUGAACUCUACAUUCAUUGAUCUAUCAUCGAAUGGUUUGAAAGGUUGUUUGCCUCAAUUAUCACCAAAUGUAGUGUUUCUUUCAUUGUCAGAUAAUUCAUUUUCAGGAGAAAUGUCUCCCCUCUUAUGUGGUCAUAAUGUGUUGAAUGGGAAAAACAAUUUGUUGUUCUUGGACAUAUCAUAUAAUAAUUUAUCUGGAGGGCUUACAAAUUGUUGGAAGAAUUGGAAAUCUUUGAUUGCUAUUCACUUGGGAAGCAAUAAUCUAUCAGAGAAGAUACCUUCAUCAAUGGGUUUGUUAUCUAAUCUCACCUCACUCCAUUUGCAUGAGAACAAACUACAUGGAGAGAUUCCUCCCUCAUUGAAAAAUUGUGGUUCUCUAUUGGUCUUUAAUGUUCGCAAUAACCACUUAUCAGGAAACAUUCCAGAUUGGAUAUCUCAUGGUGUAAUGGCUCUCCAAUUAAGGUCCAAUAACUUUAGUGGAAACAUGAAAAACUUGGAGUCCCUUGAUUUUUCAUCAAAUCAACUUGAGAGUGAAAUUCCUCAGAGCUUGUCCAAUUUGUCCUUUUUGGGUUACUUGAACCUAUCAUUCAACAAUCUAACAGGAAAAAUACCAUCAGGCACACAACUUCAAGGAUUCACUGCACUUAAUUACAUGGGUAAUCACCACCUUUGUGGACCCCCGCUUAUCAAAAAUUGCUUUCAGGAUGGUAAACAUAAAGACACAGAGCUAGAAGAUGAAGAUGGAAAUCAAUCUAAAGUUUGGGCAUGGUUUUACAUCGGAAUGGAAUUUGGAUUUGUGAUAGGAUUUUUUGGAGUUUGUUAUGCCAUUUUGUUAAACAAAAAAUUGAGACAUGGUUACUUCAUAUUUCUUUGUGACUUGAGAGAUCGACUUCAUGUCAUGGUGGUCAUCAACAUGAAUCUCUUUCAUUAA